AUGGGGAGAUUUAAGUGGAACUGGAAGAAUAAGGCUAUGGAGAAGGGUAAGGGAAACGUUUCAAAGCCUCCCCAACUUCCAGAAGAUGUAAUCUUCAAUGUGCUCAAACGGCUGCCUGCCAAGUCUCUAAUGCGAUUCAAGAAGCCGCUAGCAGUUUUUCCUACAAAUCCUGAUGCCCAUUAUUCCACUCAGCUUCCAACAAAUAUAUUGGAUGUUUAUUUCGAGCUGUGCACCAAUGUUGUCAAUGGCCUUAUGUGUUUGUAUGAUGGAGACCAUAAAAAAUUCAAUUUGCUCAAUCUAUCGACAAAAGAAAUUGUAACCCUGCCAUGGCAUCGGUCAAUGCAUUCUUAUUUGAGCCCUAGCUAUUUCUUGGGUUUUGAUCCUGUCACAAAACAAUAUAAGGUGCUUUACUUUCAUAGACAUGAAAGUCGAAUUCUAGAAGAAGACAGCAAAAAAGAGGCUUAUGUACUUACUUUGGCCAACAAAUCAUGGAGGAAGAUGACAAAUUGUCCCCAAUUUCUAGUUGUCGAUACCUUUAUUUAUGUUGAUGGUGCGAUUUAUUGGAAGGAUAAAUUAUUCAACCCUAAGGGUGAAAGGGUGAUACAGUUUUUCAAUGUUGGAGAGGAAAGAUUUUCUUUACUUUCUACUCCGAGAGAGUUUACAGAAGAAAACGAGUUCUUCAUAGCCGAAAUUAAAGGAAAUUUUGCUGUGGGAAGCUUUGGUGACGAAAUAUUCAAGUUGUGGAUAAUGAACAAGGAUGAUUAUGUCUGGGUAGAGGAUCAAAUUCAACUUCCUGUGACUUUGAUUCAGGAACGUACAUAUCAAGUUAUUGGAACCACCAAUAGCGGUGAGAUCUUAUUGACAUCAAAAUUUUUCUUAGACGAUAGCUGGACGGAUUUGAUCUUUUACGAUUUGAACACAAAAAGAUACAGGCUUGGAAAUUUGACAUUACCACAAGAGCAACCUCUUGCUGUUGGUACCCUUCUUUCACUAGCUAGUAAAGUUUCCGUAAGCCUUCAUGUGGAAAACGUAAUCCCUCUAGAAUUUGCGAGUGAUCAGCAGAAUAAUUAG